GACCCACCUCCAGAGCCACAGCCUCUCGGGCCUCCACAGCCCCACCCAGGUCUCACACGCAGGCGCGGGGACUAGCUACAGGUGCAGCAACGUCAGGGCUUUCCCCUGGGCGCAUGUGCAGCUCGAGGCUUUGCAGGAAGCGCACCUGCGAUGGCCCCACCGCCAGCCUCUUGCUGAAGGAACACCAGGAAACAGACAGCAGGUGGUGGGGUGCGCCACAGAGAAAAAAAUGUCUUCAGAUAACCAGUGGUCAGCAGAUGAGGACGAAGGCCAAUUAUCUCGAUUAAUCAGGAAAUCUAGAGACUCCCCCUUUGUCCCUAUAGGUAUAGCAGGCUUUGUGACUGUGGUGUCCUAUGGUCUUUACAAGUUAAAGUACAGAAGAGAUCAGAAAAUGUCAAUUCAUCUUAUUCACAUGAGAGUUGCUGCCCAAGGAUUUGUUGUCGGAGCUCUGACUCUAGGUGUUCUCUAUUCCAUGUAUAAGGAUCACAUUAGACCUCGAUUCUUCAGUGAGUCCAAAAAAUGAAGCUACACUCUGGAAGCAAGAAAGACAAGAAACUUCUGAAAACUAUUUCUUAUGAAGAGUAAAUUUUCAAUACAUAGCAAAUUUUACUACAGAAGUGUCACAGAAUGCUCAUAGCCUUUGUAUUUCAAGUCUCAAUGUUUUAAGAAGUUGAUUUCCAGAUCAACAAUCAUAAACAGUCAACUCAGAAAUAUCCCGUGUUGAUGUCUUUCAGAACCUAGGGCAUGAUUUUCUGACUUAAUUUUUUCAAAUUUUGUAGUUAGUGGCAGAAAAUAAUCUGCCACUAAUCUGUCAAACUAAUGAUAAUCUGCCAAACCAAUCUGAAAAAUUAAUAAUUAUAUAAUGGUUACUGAAGACUUCUCUUUUCUUUCUUUCUUUUUUUUUUUUUUUUUUUUUUUUUUUUUUUUGAGAUGGAGUCUUAACUCUGUUGCCCAGGCUGGAG